UGGCACAUUCCUCCAGAAAGAUCUCUGGGCCGCAGCCUGUGCGCCACACCCUUGGUCGGGGCCAGGUGUGCGCCCUCCUUGCGGCGAGGGGGGAGCCGGCGGCGGGGUCUGAGUCAGGUAGAAGAGUCGAUAAAACCACCUGACCAAGGAAAAGGAAGGCACAGCGGAGCGCAGAGUGAAAACUCCCAGCCGCGAGGCGCGGGCAGCGACCCCUGCAGCGGCGGAGCGCGCCCGGCCCGGCCAUGCCUGCGCUCUGGCUGAGCUGCUGCCUCUGCUUCUCGCUCCUCCUGCCUGCAGCCCGGGCCACCUCCAGGAGGGAAGUCUGUGAUUGCAAUGGGAAGUCCAGGCAAUGCAUCUUUGACCAGGAACUUCAGAGACAGACAGGAAAUGGAUUCCGCUGCCUCAACUGCAAUGACAACACUGACGGCAUCCACUGUGAGAGGUGCAGGGCAGGAUUUUACCGACAGAGAGAAAGAGACCGCUGUUUACCCUGCAACUGUAACUCCAAAGGUUCUCUCAGUGCUCGCUGUGACAACUCUGGACGGUGCAGCUGUAAGCCAGGUGUGACAGGAGACAGGUGUGACCGAUGUCUGCCCGGCUUCCACACACUCACUGAUGCCGGGUGCACCCAAGACCAAAGGCUCCUAGACUCCAAGUGUGACUGUGACCCAGCUGGCAUCUCGGGGCCCUGUGACUCGGGCCGCUGUGUCUGCAAGCCUGCUGUCACCGGAGAGCGCUGUGAUAGGUGUCGACCAGGUUACUAUCACCUGGAUGGGGGAAACCCUGAGGGCUGUACCCAGUGUUUUUGUUAUGGGCAUUCUGCCAGCUGCCGCAGCUCUGGGGACUACAGUGUCCAUAAAAUCACCUCUGCCUUCCAUCAAGAUGUUGAUGGCUGGAAGGCUAUCCAAAGAAAUGGGUCUCCUGCAAAGCUCCAUUGGUCACAACGCCAUCGGGACAUAUUUAGCUCAGCACGACGAUCAGAUCCUAUCUAUUUUGUAGCUCCUGCCAAAUUUCUUGGGAAUCAACAGGUGAGCUAUGGGCAAAGGCUGUCUUUUGACUACCGUGUGGACAGGGGAGGCAGACACCCAUCUGCCCACGACGUGAUCCUGGAAGGUGCUGGUCUACGGAUCACAGCUCCCUUGAUGCCGCUUGGCAAGACACUGCCUUGUGGGCUUACCAAGACUUACACAUUCAGAUUAAGUGAACAUCCAAGCAGUAACUGGAGCCCCCAGCUGAGUUACUUUGAGUAUCGGAGGUUACUGCGGAACCUCACAGCCCUGCAGAUCCGAGCUACCUAUGGAGAAUACAGUACUGGGUACAUUGACAACGUGACCUUGAUUUCAGCCCGCCCUGUUUCUGGAGCCCCAGCACCCUGGGUUGAACAAUGUGUGUGCCCUGUUGGGUACAAGGGGCAGUUCUGCCAGGAUUGUGCUGCUGGCUACAAAAGAGAUUCAGCCAGACUGGGACCGUUUGGCACCUGUAUUCCGUGUAACUGCCAAGGGGGAGGGGCCUGCGAUCCAGACACAGGAGAUUGUUAUUCAGGGGAUGAAAAUCCUGACUUCCCUGAGUGUGCUGACUGCCCCAUUGGUUUCUACAAUGAUCCACACGACCCCCGAAGCUGCAAGCCGUGCCCCUGUCACAAUGGCUUCAGCUGCUCCGUGAUGCCUGAGACAGAGGAGGUGGUGUGCAAUAACUGCCCCCAGGGGGUCACUGGUGCCCGCUGUGAGCUCUGUGCCGAUGGCUAUUUUGGGGACCCCUUCGGGGAACGUGGCCCAGUGAGGCCUUGUCAGCCAUGUCAGUGCAACAACAAUGUGGACCCCAGUGCCUCUGGGAACUGUGACCGCCUCACAGGCAGAUGUCUGAAGUGCAUCCACAACACAGCCGGUGUCCACUGCGACCAGUGCAAAGCAGGCUACUUCGGGGACCCCUUGGCUCCCAACCCAGCGGACAAGUGUCGAGCUUGCAACUGCAACCCAGUGGGCUCGGAGCCUGUGGAGUGUCGAAGUGAUGGCAGCUGCGUUUGCAAGCCAGGCUUUGGUGGCCUCAACUGUGAGCGUGAAGAAUCAACCAGCUGUCCAGGUUGCUAUAAUGAAGUGACGAUUCAGAUGGAUCAGUUUAUGCAGCAGCUCCAGAGCCUGGAGGCCCUGAUUUCGAAGGCUCCGGGUGGCGGUGGAGCCGUACCCAACACAGAGCUGGAAGGCAGGAUGCGGCAGGCUGAGCAGGCCCUUCAGGACAUUCUGAGAGAAGCCCAGAUUUCAGAAGGUGCUAUUAGAUCCCUCAAUCUCCAGUUGGCCAAGGCAAGGAGUCAAGAGAAUAGCUACCGGAACCGCCUGGAUGACCUGAAGAUGACUGUGGAAAGAGUUCGGGCCCUGGGCAGUCAGCAUCAGAAGCGAGUUCAGGAUACUCGCAGGCUCAUCACCCAGAUGCGCCUGAGCCUGGAGAAAAGCGAGGCUUCCCUGCAGAACACCAACCUUCCUGCUUCAGAACUCUACGUGGGGCCAAAUGGCUUUAAAAGUCUGGCUCAGGAGGCCAUGAGAUUGGCAGACAGCCACGUUGAGUCAGCCAGUAACAUGGAGCAACUGGCAAAGGAAACUGAGCAAGCACUAUCACUGGCGCGCAACGCUCUGGGUGACGGAGGUGGAAGCGGCAGCCUGGACGGCGCCAUGGUGCAAGGGCUUAUGGGAAAAUUGGAAAAAACCAAGUCUCUGGCCCAGCAGUUGUCUAGGGAGGCCACUCAAACGGACCUGGAAGCAGAUGGGUCUUAUCAGCAUAGUCUCCGCCUUCUCAAUUCCGUGUCUCAGCUUCCGGGAGUCAAUGGUCAGUCCUCUCAGGUAGAAGCAAAGAGGAUCAGACAAAAAGCUGAUUCUCUCUCAAGCCUGGUGACUCAGCAUAUGGAUGAGUUCAAGCGUGUGCAAAGCGAUCUGGGAAACUGGGAAGAAGAAACCCGGCAGCUCUUACAGAAUGGAAAGAAUGGGAGACAGAAAUCAGAUCAGCUGCUUUCUCGUGCCAACCUUGCUAAAAGCAGAGCCCAAGAAGCACUAAGUAUGGGCAAUGCCACUUUUUAUGAAGUUGAGAAUAUCUUAAAGAAUCUCAGAGAGUUUGACCUGCAGGUCGGAGAUAGAAAAACAGAAGCUGAAGAGGCCAUGAAGAGACUCCCCUACAUCAGCCAGAAGGUUGCAGAUGCCAGUGACAAGACCAAGCGAGCAGAAGCAGCCCUGGGCAGUGCUGCUGCCGACGCCCAGAGGGCAAAGAAUGCAGCCAGGGAGGCCCUGGAGAUCUCUGGCAAGAUAGAACAGGAGAUAGGGAGUCUGAACUUGGAAGCCAAUGUGACAGCAGAUGGAGCCUUGGCCAUGGAGAAGGGGCUGGCCACCGUGAAGAGUGAGAUGAGGGAAGUGGAAGGAGAGCUGGCAAGGAAGGAGCAGGAGUUUGACAUGGAUACGGACGCAGUGCAGAUGGUAAUUACAGAAGCCCAAAGAGUUGAUAACAGAGCCAAGAAUGCUGGAGUUAUGAUCCAAGACACACUCAACGCAUUGGACGGCAUCCUACACCUAAUAGACCAGCCUGGCAGUGUGGAUGAAGAGGGGCUGAUCUUAUUGGAGCAGAAGCUUUUCCGAGCCAAGACCCAGAUCAACAGCCAGCUGCGGCCCUUGAUGUCAGAGCUGGAAGAAAGGGCACGUCGGCAGAGGGGCCACCUCCUUUUGCUGGAGACAAGCAUAGAUGGGAUUCUGGCUGAUGUGAAGAACCUGGAGAACAUCAGGGACAACCUGCCCCCGGGCUGCUACAAUACUCAGGCUCUUGAGCAACAGUGAAGCUGCCACAGAGAUUUCUCAACUGAGGUUCUUGGGAUUCAGACCUCAGGGCUCAGGAGCCCUCAUGUGGGUGGGGUGGGAUGGGGACAUUUGAACAUGUUGAAUGGGCGUGCUCAGGCCAACUGAACCUGAUCCCGUCCUUGAGACCUUGGCCUGAUAAAUGUCUUGUUGCACCAGUGUGAUACUGUUUGAUUCCUGGUGCUGGGCAGUGAGGCCAAUAGCAUUGAGUGUGAGACUGAUCAAGGGCCUGGACCCCAAAGGGUAGACUGGAUGGAAGGACAAACUGCACAGGCAGAGGUUUGCCUCAGAAUAGUCGCAAACUGAGUCCUGGAGUAUGGACAAGUGCUGCUGGGUUAUAGUCAGCUUAUUCUCUGAGUAAUGUGAUGAAAGGAGAAUUUUUUGACUUUGUCCACCCACAAAAUUCUUCCUAAUGUCAGAACAGCGAGUGAAGUCCAGUCACACUGUGGCCAGUAAAAUACCAUUGCCUCGUAGUGUCCAGUGCAAGCUUCUUGUGGACCAGAGUUCCUCCCACUUACCAUCUAGUUCAUAAACAUGUACGCCACUUUCAAGCUGGAAGAAGUGAGCGGUGAUGGAGUGAGGCGCUGUAAGGCUGACCCAUUUGGAACAAUGGUGCCGGUCAUGCCCUGCCACUUUUGAGUUCUUCUGGGCCUGAGAGCGACAUUCUUUCUCCUGGUGAUGUCAUGGCAACUUAGAGACUACAUUUUUAUUAAAGCAUUUCCUACCAUCAAAGCAAACAUUGGGAAGGUAUUUACUUUUGGGUUUCAAAGUGAUAGAAAAAUGUAACUUGGACAUUGAAAGAAGUGAAAUUAUCUAGAAGAUUUAUUAGUCCUAAUUCAAUCCCACUUUACAAACAUUAAAAAUUAUAUGCAUCUAUGUGUUUUAUUUUAUUCUCUCUCUCUCUUCUUAUAGCAGAAAAUGUUCCUACUCACACUUGAGCUAGAUAGAAUCCAUCCAUCCUUCCAUCCAUCCAUCUGUCCUUACACCAUAUAUUUAUUGAGUGCCUACUGUGUGCCAGGGGCUGGGGUACAGUGGUGACAUGGUCUUUGCCCUCAUAGAAUUGAUUGUCUAGUGAGGAAGACAAACAUUAAAAAAAUAAAUUUAAACUUACAAGUCUUGCUCAUCACAAGUGGUAUUUAUUGCAAUAACCCCCUGGUUUGCAACCUCUUUUCUCUACAGAACAUAUGUUGCAAGACGCUCCCAUGGGGGCACUUGGGUUUUUGGCAAAGCUGAGAUGGCUCUGGGUUGUGCACAGUUCUUUGCAUUCCAGCUGUCACUCCGCCCCUUUCCACAACUGAUUGCAGCAGACUCUUGAGUCAUGAUAACACUAGUGGGAAUUGCUGGAAAAACCAGAGGCACUUUCACUUCAGCUCGGAAAACUUUGGUGCUGCCUCACCUCUCUAUUUCCUUGGCUUUUCAUGGAUGUGUUUUUAAAUAAAAAACAGUUCUUAGAUGCUUGUGGUCAGUUUCUAAUUUAUUAAACUCUAAGCUUAAGUGGAGGUACCAAAACAAUGGAAACUGAAAUGCCACAGAAAAAGCAAUGAGUCCUAGAGUUAGCAUC